GCUAUCUGCCUCACAUUCCUCGGAUACCGACACAUCACCUGGCCGCGGGAGCAGCGGCUGCACGGAGGCAUGUGAUGAGCACACUGGGUUUUUAUCCAUUUGUGCCACUCAUGGCAACACCAACUUUGUGUGUGUGCAUCUGUGUGUGAGCGUGAGGGUGCGUCAGAGGAAAAAGGAAGUUGCGGGCCAAAGUUAAAAGCCAUCAACACAGUGCAGCUCUGCAGAACACCCACCACGGAAGAAAGAAGGCAGAGUGAGAGCGCCCAAGUCUGAAAAUGAGACGAUGAAAGGAAGACGGGAAGGUCGAGAACGAAGACAUAGAAAAUACUGAAGUGUGUCACUCAGAGAAGUAAGAUGGAGUUGUGGCGGCAGUGUGCAAUGUGGCUGAUCGACUGCCGAGUCCUUCCAGAGAACCACCGGGUCACAUGGGAGGGUGCACAGGUGUGUGACCUGGCUCAGGCUCUUAGAGAUGGCGUGCUGCUCUGUCAGUUGCUUAACAACCUGCUGCCACAAGCUGUCAAUCUGAGGGAGAUCAACCUGCGCCCACAGAUGUCCCAGUUUCUUUGCCUCAAGAAUAUCCGGACGUUCCUGGGAGUCUGUCAACAGAUGUUUCAUCUCAAGAAGAAUGAACUGUUUGAGGCCUUCGACCUGUUUGAUGUCCGAGACUUUGCAAAGGUCAUAGACACUCUGUCUAUCCUGUCUCAUUCCUCCAUUGCGAUUCAAAGAAGACUCCAGCCUUUUCCUUCGGAAGAAUGUGCCACUGAUGACGAGAUCUACAGCGGCUUGUCGGACCAGAUAGAUGACACGGUGGACGAAGAUGACGACUUGUACGACUGUGUAGAGGAUGAAGAGAACGAAGGGGACGAGAUCUAUGAGGAUUUGAUGAGGACGGACGAACAGCCUGAAACUCAGCAGAAAGCAGUCGUAGACAAACGAGAGUGCUGCCUGCAGGAGAUCCGACAGACAGAAGAGAAAUACUCGGACACACUGGAGUCGAUAUUACAGCACUUUAUGAAACCUCUUGAGAGGUUUCUCAAGGAUCAAGACAUUGAAAGCAUCUUUAUCAACAUAGAGGAUUUGGCCGACACUCAUCGUAAAUUGUUGGAAGAGGUCCGGAGCUCCAUCCUAAAAUAUGGAGCAAAGAAUCUUUACCAGGUGUUUCUGAGCUACAAGGAGAGGCUCUUACUGUAUGGUCACUACUGUAGUCAGGUGGAAACAGCGACUAAGCACCUCGACAGUCUAUCGAAUGCAAGGGAAGACAUCAGGAUGAAACUGGAGGAAUGUUCGAAGAGAGCCAACAGUGGACGCUUUUCUCUCCGAGAUUUACUCAUGGUCCCGAUACAGAGGGUCCUCAAAUAUCACCUCCUGUUACAGGAGCUGGUGAAACACACCACUGACCCAGCAGACAAGGAAAACCUACGCACAGCUCUAGACGCCAUGAGAUGGUCCCACCUGUUCCUCCUGCUUGACUGUUUUGGGAGGUCUGGAUACGAUUUAUUCUUCAAAACCAGAGAACUGAAGAAGAAGUGGCUGGAACAGUUUCAGAUGGCUCUGUCAAAUAUGUGUCCAGAGAACUCCACAGCCAACAACCACGACUUCCAGAUGCACUGCUUCGAGGAAACCACUUCCUGCAAGGCCUGCUCGAUGCUGCUGAGGGGAAUAUUUUUCCAGGGAUAUCGCUGCACUCGCUGUAAAAUGGCUGCACAUAAAGAAUGUUUAGGCAGAGUACCUGCCUGUGGACGAAGCUCCGAUCAUACUGGCACCAGGAAGAAUAAAACACAGAGGUCCUCGGGACAUUCCAGCGUUGGAUUCCCAAAGAUGGAGGUAUGUCAGGAGUAUUAUGGGCUGCCUCCGCCUCCUGUGGGCUUCGGCCAACAGCUUCAACUGUCUAAAGGCGACAUCAUUGAGCUGACCCGCGCUGAGGCUGACCUGCAGUGGUGGGAGGGAAGAAACCUGACUAUCGGUCAAAUGGGAUGGUUCCCCUGUCGGAAGGUUCAGCCCUACGUCCCCAGGUCGACCCCUGAUUUGUCUGGUUUCAACUGGUUUGCUGGGAACAUGGACAGGACCGCUGCCAAACAACUGCUGAUGUCCCGCUCUGACGGAACCUUCCUCGUGCGGCAGAAAGACGGAGGAGAGUUCGCCAUCAGCAUCAAGUUCAACAUGGACAUCAGACACAUUAAGAUCACGUCUGUUGAAGGCCUGUACCGCAUCAAUGACAAGAAAGCAUUCAAGGGUUUGAUUGAGCUGGUUCAGUUUUACCAGAAGAACUCUCUGAAGGAGUAUUUUAAGGAUGUGGACACCAAUCUGCGGACGCCCUACAAACAACCAGAGCAGAUGAACUCAUCCGACAGCACACCGAAUACCACACCAGGAGGCAGCGUGCGGAGUUUCGGCGUAGCGAGGGCCAGGUACGACUUCUCAGCCAGGGACCGCUCGGAGCUGUCGCUGCACGAGGGAGACACGAUCAAGAUCCUGUCCAAGAAAGGUCACAGCGGUUGGUGGAGAGGAGAAGUGUACGGCCGGGUGGGGCUCUUUCCAGCAAAUUACGUGGAGGAGGACUACUCCGACUACUGCUGACGUGGAUCCAGAGCUGUCAGGACCCACAUCCAGUCGAUGUGACACCUGGUUUCCAUCAAUUGCAUUAACCCAUGUGUGUAUGUGAGAGAGAUGCUGUUGAUCUAGUGAUGUGAAUAAAACUUUUUUUUUUUUUU